CUCAAAACCCCAAAGUAUUUCCAUUAAGAUAAUUCUGAUAGCUAAUCACCCAACUUAAACAACAAUGGUUGGUCCAUUUAAUGAGUAUCCAAAUUAUUAUUACAAUGAUGAUGAAAAUGAUUACAUAUACUCAUCUUCAUCAUCAUCUUCUUACUCAUCUGUGGUUGAUUGUACACUUUCUCUUGCUACUCCUUCCACUCGUUUAAGUGGUAAUAAUGAUCAUAAUUCUAAACCUACUCCUCGACGUAAUAGUGUCUCUUCUUUCUGUUGGGAUUUGCUUAAUUCUAAUUCUACCAAUAAAACUAUUCGUACCGCCGCUAAUACUCAUUCUUCUGAUCCUAUGUUCGUUCGCCGUUGUGCUAAUUGUGAUACCACUUCUACCCCUCUAUGGCGUAAUGGUCCUCGCGGUCCCAAGUCAUUAUGUAAUGCUUGUGGGAUAAGAUACAAGAAAGAAGAGAGAAGGGCAGCAAAAGCAGCGGCAGCGACAACGACAAACACGAGCGUGGCCAAUAAUGGAGUCACAAAUAACGGAAUGAUGGACCCACAAUAUGGAUACUACAAUGGAUCUUAUUCAUGGGGUAACCAAUACACUCAAACCACCCAACAAAAGACGCAAUUUUACGGAGCUCCGAACGAGUUCCGAUUCAUCGAAGACGACCAUGGGUCAGAUCCUGGUGUUCAGUUCCUCUCAUGGUUAAAUCAUGAUAGACCUACUAGUCUUGUUCAUGAUUUCACCCGGUAAAUCAAAUCAAUCGAUCAUAGAAAUUAAGAGACGAGAUUAAAGAUACAGCUUAGCUACAUCUAUCUACAACAUCAAGUAAAAAAUGUGUGUUUGUUAAUUUUUGUUGGCGAAUUUGAUUCUGAUGUUGUGAUUUUCCAACCUCAUAACUUUAGGAUUAUCCAACAAAAAUUCAAUUUUUUUUCUUUAUUAUUAUUUUUUUAUUUUCUAAUAUUUUAAAAAAAAUUAAUUGAUAUUCUACUUUAAAUUACUUUAAUUAGAAUAGCUAGGGUGCAAAAGGAUAAUUGUACUCAAUUUUAGUAGUUAGACUAGAUCUUACUUUUUGAGCAAGGCUUCUUUUUCUUCUUUUGGUUUUGCUCUUUUGUCAUAGGCUUA